AUGGUCAUUCUUACAAUCUGCUGUCCUCCGGGCAUCUUCGAGAACUUCACCAUUACUUGUGCGGACGCGAUGCAACCGUACUGGGCCGGGGCCACACCAGUCAACCAGAAGGUGAUGGCGAUUAUUGGCAACGGUAUCUUCGCAGUCACUUUUUACUUCACUGGUAAAUAUGGUCUUCACUGGAGCUGGAGAUCAAUGCACGCUAUCACGAUCGUAGCGGUAACAGUACUGGAUUUCGUCGUCACUUUGCUGACGACGUGGAAUAUCUUUCGCAACCAGUGGUUUUGGCUAGGAGUUCCUGUGGUGGAAAACCUUCCUUAUGGUAUUUCUUUCGUUAUCGGAACGUACGUGAUCGUAGAAUUGGCCGGAGAUGGUAACGAAGGAGCAGUAUAUGGUCUAGUGGGGUCGAUUGCCAAUAUCGCAAUCCCCUUGGCUAGUACUCUGUCCAAGAAUGUGGAUAGCAACUUCGACGUGACCAACGCCAAUAUUGUUGAUGAUAGCACACAUGUACGUUGGGAGGUGACGUACGUACUCAUUAUCCGUUAUUCCAUGAAUCUGGCUGGACUUAUUUUUCUGCCGCUGCUUCCUCGCCAAAAGGCUGAGACUCAGCAGCUUAAGCUCAACGGUGGCUCCAGUCGCUUGAUGGGUAUCUUGACCGCCUCGUACUUUACGAUCUCAUUGUGCUGGACGGUCAUGGUGAGCAUCAUGAGCAUAUAUCCAUCAUCUUCCUGUCUCGUGAUCGCAGGAGGAACCGGCUGCGACUAG